GAAUGCUGACAACAAUAGAGGAGAAACCAAAAGAACCCAAAACGCCAAUGACAAGCUUUGCAUCAAUAAACGAAGACCUUAUCCUAAACAUACUAAAGAGACUACCAGCUUUAUCCUUUGCAUCAGCAGCUUGUGUUAGUAAAUCAUGGAACCAAAUUUGCAAUCAAAUCCUCUACAAACCAAAGUUUGCCUCUGCUUUUUCUCUCAAUCCAGACGAAAAGGUUGCAUUAGAAGAGGUGGUGAAUAAGGUUCUCUCAGAGCCAAUUAGACCACAUUUUGCCAUUGCAAAUGUUAUUGGCAGUGGAGUUGAUUUGAGUGAAAGACUCAAUUUUUUAGCAACAAAACUUGGUUUCCAAACUCCAAUUAUUGUGUCUUGUACAAGUGGAAUCAUGGGAAGAGAUGCUGUUACUGAUGAACAUAGAGAGGUCAGCACUGUUAUGUUGGAAGAAUAUUGGGUUGAUGGAGAAUCAAAUCCAUGCAAUGGUAUUAUUUUGACUGUGGGGUUUUUACCAGGACUAAAAGUUGAUGCCAUCCCGCUGUUUCAACCAAGAAAGGGAUGUCGAGCGACAAUGGUUGAUAACUUUGUGAUGGAUAUUAAGGAUUAUGCAACUUCUAUUUCUGGUUGUGCAUCACCAGUUGGCAUUAUAAUGUUUGGAGAUGAAGAUGCUGACCAGAAACCUGUCAUGGAAAAGCUGGAUCAUGCCAUGUCAAGUGACACUAUCAUUAUCGGUGACGAGAGAGCCCAAUUCUUGUACAGAAAUGGCGUAGAGUCAAGAAAUGACUAUGAGAGCAGUGAAUAUUUUUCUGCUGCAGUUGCUCUUGUAUUUGCAAGGGAUCGAGACAAACCUUGCGGCACAGGGGAAAUCCAAUUCCAUGCUGCAUUAUCAUCUGGUGUUUCUGCAGUAGGUCCAAGGUACAAGGCAGUUUCUGUCAAAAAGAUUGUAUCUGGGACAGGUCAUACUACAUGGCUUACUGCCAGAAGAGAAGGGGAACAUGAGAUUCAAGAUGGUCAAAGGAUUCUAGAUGACAUCAACAAUGAGUUGGUGAACCAAGUUGGACACCCUGAUCUGUACAUUGGGGUUACUGAACAAAGACGUUGCUUUAUAGGGUCACAGAAGUCAAGAGUGAUGACAUUCCUGGUUUUCCAUGGAGUUAUGGGGGGAGAUCAAGAGUAUCUUUUUGCUGACGGAGUUGGCAUCAGAACCGGUGACUAUUUCCAAUUUUACCAUCCAGAUCCAAGUGCUGCAUUAUCUUCAUGCAGUAAUGUCUCCAAGAAUUUCAGAAACCUGAAUCUAGACUGGAGUUCUAGAAACUGCCUUCACGCACGGGGUGUUUAUGACAAUGUUUGUAAUAAGGAGCUUGUUGGAGGUUUUGUUUUCUCUUGUUGUGGCCGUGGUGAAUCAUUUUUCGAACGCUGCAAUGUUGAUAGCUCACCAUUUUUGGACAAUUUUCCCGGGUUCCCAAUGGCUGGAAUAUUUUGUCGAGGGGAGAUUGGACGUGGCUUUUCAGUUUUUAAUGCGGAUGAAGGCCAGGAAGAAAGGACUUCGCAUUGCUGCCUACAUGUAUAUAGCGCUGUAUAUCUGUUGGUGUCUUAUACUCCUGCACAUCCCUAGCAUUAGAUGUAUCUUCUUCCCGAUGGAUUACCAGAAGUGACUCUGCUAUUGUUGGGACUGGGUGGUGAUGUUGCUUGAUAGUAAUUCUGUUAAUAAGCCAGGAUAUGAUAUGCAUGUCUUUUGGUCCUGUUAUUUUAUGGUUAUGCUGUGUUCAAGGUUUAAUACUGAACCAUAAGCUAAACCUUUCAGGAAUUAUGUUCUCAGUUCAACAAUCAACCAAAACUACUAAUGUUACCUGGGGAGCCAGGAUGAGCAGUAAUAGUAAUAACAAGUUAUUAGCUUAUUGCACUA